AUGGCAGCAGAAAUCCAUGAGGAUGUAAUGCAAUAUUCAGUGUAGUUACGAUAACAAAAUUAACAUCUUGUGUUAUAGACAGCACACCGAUUUCCUGUCAAGAUGAUUAAAGUUGUGUGGAAUAUCAUCAAGAAGACUUUCGGUUUUGUGCUGCUGAUAUGUUCACCGUUCAAACGUCUUUUCUGUAGAAGGAAGAGGCGGACAUCCGACACCGUUUUGCCAUUAACAAAUCACUACAGCAUUCCUCAGGAUUUCACACAAACACCAAGCACACCAAAACAGCCCGAAUUGCAGUCGUGGGAGAGUUGGGAUCAAGAACAAAGUAACAAUUCGAGAUUAGUGAAUCAUAAUUAUUCAAGGUCAAGGUCACUGUCUCAGGAAGAAUCAUCAGAACCUGAACCAGAUUAUUUUCAAGACAUGACACCAACCAUAAAGAAACAAAAGAAGGUACUGAUUAAACAGAAAGAAGAGAUGAGAAGCCAGUCUAAUAAGUUUGCUAUGUCUACUGCUGAUGUGCCUUUAUCUGCUGGUCCAGAGUUAGGUACUUGGGAUGACCGAGAGACUGGAUGGGAUGAUGAAGCGGAGGAGGAUUUAUCAUGGCAAGCAGAGGCGGCCAUAAAGGAACAGAAGCGAUCUGAGCGCCAGAAGCGAAAUUUGGAACAACAGAGACGCAAACAAGAAAAAGAAUUUUCUAAACGAGAUGCAACAUUUUCAGCUGUGAGGCUUUCUUGACAGAGUGAAUGUUAAUUUAAGAAAAUAAGUGGGAUUUUUAUUGUAUAAAGUUUAUAUUGUUAUCAUUUGUUCAGAACAUUCAGUCAUUUUCAUUUUAAUAAUUUCACACGUCUACAGUAUACUGACUCAACAUGCAAUAGGAAAUGACAAUGUGAUGUUGAUAUUUAUAGUAAAGAAAUGGAGAUACCGUUUCUAGUUCAUUGCUUGCAGUAUCUGCAAUUGUUCAGUAUGAUUAGGAAUAUGUGAAACCAAAUUACUUCACCAACUAUGCCUGAUUUUGAAGAAUAUCAUGGGAUGGGAUUUUAUGGAAAUUGUGAUUUAAGGUAAUUCUCAACAUCAGCAGAAUAUAUAUUUAAAUUCAAUGGUAAUGUAAUUUCACCUCCUUUUGAACUUUCUUACUUCCCCUCCCUUCCCUAAUUUUCACAAAUUUUCUACAACUGGACACAAAGCCUGAUGCUUUAAAUAGCAUAAUAUAUUAGUAUAUGAAGCCUCAGACCAUAUGGUAUUUUCAGCAAAAAAAAAUCAGCUUAUCACUUGAGUUAAUGCGGAAUGGCCCUGAUAUGCUUCUGUAAUUUGUAUAUCCAUGUUUUAUACACCAUUUUUUUUUUAAAAAUCAGUUGCAAAAUCAUAUACCAGGUAUGUUUGUGUUGUUUAAAAGAAAGUAAAACUGCAAAAAAUGUAAAGACUACUGUCUUGUGCCCAGUAACUUUUGAGCAUCAUUUCUAAAAUUUUGAUGUGUCCUGUGACAAAGAGAUACAGCAGGUUCUCAAAAUGUGAGUGAGUCCUACUGGAAAAGCACAAGUCAAGGACUCCAAUAUCUGAGUCAAAAAAAUAAAUGUUUGCCUGGUUAUAACAAUCUCCUUCAUCUUUAAGACUUUAAACAGUGAAAAUAUGGAUGAAUUGAGUUGUCUCCCAUUGAGUUGAUCAAGUUUUGAAUGUAAAUUUUAGAGAUUUUGUUCAGUAAAUGGUCGUAUCCAAAUUUCUUUAUCAUAAAAUCAAUAUGUUAUAGUAGAAGAGUUCAAUACAGUUUGAACAUUGUCCUGUAAGCUGAUUAAGUGUUGUACUCAUGAUAAAAUAAUGUUGUAUUUCAAUAUUAAGAUAACUCUUUGUCAAUUGAUAUCCUGAGUUGGUACAAUACUUACUCCUUCUGAAACCUAGCAGAUGAAUUAUUACACACAUGAGCUUAGCUUGAUUCCUGGAGAAUUUCUUAGUAGGUUGAUAUAGUGUAAGUACACGAGCUCAGAUUUGAAGAAGGGGGUGGGCUUAUCAUAGGAUUGUAAUUAGAAUUUUAGCGUUAUUUGAUUAAACAAUGAUAAUUAUUACCAGCCAUGGGUUUAUUACUAGAUAGAUAGUGAUUUUCUGUAACUGUUGUACAUUUGUUACUAGUGUCUGAUCUGGUGCAGUAGAAUGAAGAGUGAUUACGUGUCUACCAUUAUAAAAGGUACUCAGAGAGUGUUGCAAUUUUCAUAUUUGUUGAAAUGAAUGGUGCAUUCGAUGAAAAUAUGAUCCUUAUGUACAUAUUUGUAUAAAUCGUAAACCAGAGUUUGUGUUCUUCAAAAUUUGGAUAAUAAAACUUUUCAGUUGUUAAAACAUUCAUGAUGUCUGGAUGUAAGUGGAAGGAUUUUAUGAUGCUACAUUGUCGGACACAGAAUAUUUGAUACAUGUACAGAAUUCAUCAACAUAACUGUUCUGUUGUUCUUCUUUUUACUGCUGUAGUUCACUAACAUUAUGUUCUUGUUUUAAAUACAGUCAGUCCUUUACAUUUCCUGAUCCGGGCUAGUGGUAAUAAUAAAGAGUUAUUUUAUCUACUCCCAAAGCUGUACAUUGUUUUCUCAAACUUUGAAGAAAAUAAACAGAGAAAACAUACAACAAUGAAGUUCAAAAAGAAGCUCAUGAAUAUGAACUUCCCCUUGUUUGUUUGUCACAUCCUCAUCCCCAUCAGCUGUUUAACCUAUCACUGUAAUAUCAAAUUGAUUUAAAUAUUUCAAUCCGAUACUGUGGUAGUCAAAAUUUAUUAGUUACGUUAGACAGGAUGCCAGAAUACACAGGUUCAGCAUCAACAGAAAUACACUGUAGGACUACCGUAUGAUUGAAAAAAAAAAUAUGAAAAUUUAAUAUCUAUUACCAGUGAAACAUUGGAACAGAUUGUCUUGAGACAAACAAUUAAUAAAAAUGUGAUACACUUAGAUUUAUACUCUUUCAUUCUUUUACAGUUUGUUGAAAGUCAUAUCAGUUCAAUUUUUAUUGUUCAAUUGUCAGGCUUCGAACAAGAAGUCUCUGGUUAUGUACAUUCUUUAAAGAAUGAUUUAGUUGUAAAGGUGUUCAUUUCAGAGAUUUUCUUACACCUUCAUAAAAUCAUGAUAAUUUCUCUAAAUUAUGGAAUCUCCAAUAAAAGGAUGUAAAAUAUGUUA